AUGGAACCAGGGAACCUCACAUGGGUAUCAGAGUUCAUCUUCCUGGGGUUCUCACAGACUCAUGAGCUUCAGAUCUUCUUGUUUCUGGUGUUCUUGUUUGUCUACAGCACGACUGUGGUGGGAAACCUCCUCAUCAUAGUCACGGUGACCUCAGAUUCCAGGCUCCACACACCCAUGUACUUCCUGCUCCGCAAUCUUGCUGUCUUAGACCUUUGCUUCUCCUCAGUCACUGCCCCCAAGAUGCUGAUGGACUUCCUCUCUGAGAAGAAGACCAUCUCCUACCAAGGCUGCAUGGCCCAGGUCUUCUUCUUCCAUUUUCUGGGAGGGGCCAUGGUCUUCUUCCUCUCAGUGAUGGCUUAUGAUCGCCUUGUGGCCAUCUCCCGGCCCCUCCAUUACGUCACUAUCAUGAACACUCAGCACUGUAUGGUACUGGUUGUGACAGCCUGGAUUGUGGGCUUUGUCCAUUCCAUUGUCCAGCUGUCUCUGAUGCUGCCACUGCCCUUCUGUGGCCCCAAUGUCCUAGAUAACUUCUACUGUGAUGUCCCCCAAGUGCUGAGACUCGCCUGCAUGGACACCUCCCUCCUGGAGUACCUCAUGAUCUUCAACAGUGGGAUGCUGGAUGUCAUCUGGUUCUUUCUCCUUCUCAUCUCCUACUUGGUCAUCCUGGUGAUGCUGAGGUCACACUCAGGAGAGGCGAGGAGGAAAGUGGCUUCCACCUGCACCACCCACAUCAUUGUUGUGUCUAUGAUCUUCAUUCCAAGCAUUUACCUGUAUGCCCGGCCCUUCACCCCUUUCCCCAUGGACAAGGCUGUGUCCAUCAGCCACACAGUCAUGACCCCCAUGCUCAACCCCAUGAUCUACACCCUCAGGAACCAGGAGAUGCAGACAGCAUUGAAGAGAUUAGGGAUGCAUCUGCUGGUUUGUAAGAAAGAGUGA